AUGAAUCACCAUCUGCCCACGAUGCACCACGGGCAGCCGCCGAUGCCCCCAUCGAGACGGCAGCAAGAUUUUGCAUACAACCCGGGUCCUCCCAACAUGCGCUCUCCCCCGUAUAUGGGUUACCCACCGCACAUGAACGCACCCAUCAACGGACAUAUGCCUCCUGCGUUUUCACCACAGCAAUUCCCUCCUUCCCCGUGGUACCCUCCUGCGGCGCCAUACGGUCAUAUGCAAAUGCCCCCUCGACACUACCAACCUGCCCCGUAUGGACCGAUGAUUGUCUCAUCCUAUCCUCACUCACAGCCUAUCAUGGCGCCCAACCACCUCCCCCCUCCCACUAUACCGAUGCAACCACGAACAUCAACUCCGUUGCAGCCGACCAUGUCUCCAUCGCUUCAAGCACCUCCCCUUCAACCUGAAAUGCCGGACCACCCUAUUCUUCCUGUCCAGCCUCAGCACUACCCCGUCGCGUCACCGCCACCACGAUGGGAGCCCAAGGUAAUCCCAGAGUCAAAGCCCGCUUUUGUUGCACCCGUUCCCUGGCUUUCUGUCCCUGAACUGCCUUUCCCAGCUCGAGCUCUACGCGGAUGCCGAAAGACCCGAGCCAUGCCGGCAUCUGUUGAGUUUCCCAAGAAGGAUGGUCAGUGGAUCAUUGGUGAAAAGAAGGGGGAGGUCGAUGAAGUCACACCGGAGGAAGCAGCUGCGCAAGCUGCGUCAGAGCCCCAAACACCUACUGGCUCCGUUCCUCCGUCUGAUACAAACUCCACCCAUCCUACCACUCCCUCCUCAACUGCGAAACUCCCGUCUCAGCCGAAUGAUUCACGACCUGCUAUUCCUCUGGCCCCUGUUGUCCCAGUACUCCCGAGUGUUCCUGGAGCACCUCGCCAUCAUACCAAAAAUAGUGCCAGUACUUCCUCAGAAACGCCCAGGUCGACUACAAUCGCUGCUAUCGAGGAUGGCUCGGAGGAAGUUACUACCGUUGAAACUCCCAAGCCAGCGGGUCCGAAGUCCUGGGCUGGAUUGUUCGGCACAAAGCAGGCCGGUCGCCAAGCUGCGCCUACUGCUUCGGCCGAGCCGAAUCCAAUGGCUGUGCAGAAGAACGAAACCCUUGCAGAUGUCCUCAGCAGCCUUGGUGAAGAUGUCACCCAGUACAGUGACAAAAUUGGCUUCCUCGAGCCUCGGGGUCUGGUUAACACUGGCAAUAUGUGCUACAUGAACUCCGUCCUGCAAAUCCUUGUCUCUUGUGUUCCUUUCCAUCAGUUCCUUGACUAUGUUGGUCGCCGUGCUUCGCAUAGCUUCCACAGCGAUAUGCCUUUGGUCGAUGCCUUGAUCAUGUUCAUGAGAGAGUUCCGUGUCAUCGACGCUGCGACUUCGGAAGAGCAGUUGAAAAUGCGACUGAAGCCUAAUGAGCUGGAGCAGUAUGGCGAGGCAUUUGUUCCCGAGUUUGUUUAUGAGAUGAUUCGACAGUUGCCGCGUUUCAGAGACAUGCGGCGUGGACACCAACAAGACGCUCAAGAAUUUUUGGGCUUCCUCCUUGAGGAGCUGCAUGAAGAGUGUGAUCGUGCUGCCAAGCACGCUUCCAAGUCUAAAAAUGCACAGGAUGAGGGCGAUGGGGCUGUUGAUGGGUGGCUCGAGGUUGGCCACAAGCAAAAGGCAGCGGUGACUCAAUCCUCAGGGGCUAUUUCCACCGAGUCGCCAGUCACAAGGAUCUUCGGAGGCAAGCUGCGAUCGGAGUUCAAAGUGCCAGGCAAUAAGACCUCUGUCACCAUGGAACCCUAUCAACCUCUGCAGCUGGACAUCGGAGCACCUGAUGUCCACAACAUCAUCGAUGCGCUGAAGCGACUUACCAAGCCCGAGAGUAUCCAAGGAGACUUCAACCCGUCGCGUGGCCCUAACGUCACUGCUACCAAGCAAAUCUUCAUUGAGACGUUGCCCCCGGUUCUCAUCCUUCACCUCAAGCGCUUCCAGUAUGACAGCUUGACUGGAGCAACCCAGAAAAUUUGGAAGAAGGUCGGAUACCCGCUUGAUUUGGAGAUUCCACGCGAGGUUUUCCCCGCCCAUCAACGCAAUGCCAUGGCGGCCCAGGGUGGUCUUCCCAAGUACCGUCUCAUGGGUGUCAUUUACCACCACGGAAAGAACGCUAGCGGUGGUCAUUAUACAGUGGACGUCAGACGCCAAGAUGGUCGUGAGUGGAUUCGUCUGGAUGAUACUGUUAUCCGCCGGGUCCGCAGCGAAGAUGUUGCGGAGGCUGGCGGCGAGGAGGAUCCCAAGGUGCUUGCAGCAGCUCUUGAGCAGCACAAGCAGGACAAGACUCCUCGCAGCAACAUCUUUGACCAUAUUGAUCAGGACGACAUGGAAUCCACUGACAGCGAAAAGGGCUGGAGCCAGGUCAACGGAAAUGGCUCUGGCGGACAUGCGAGCAAGAAGUCCGUCAAUGGAGUGACUCCCUCGCCUCAAACCUCGUCUGGAAUUCGCACUCCGCUUGGCAGAUAUGGCAGUCGGGACAACCGAGUCGCCUAUCUGCUGUUCUACCAGCGCAUGGCCUGA